CAACCAGCGUGAGUGUAUCUCAGUUCAUGUAGGUCAGGCUGGAGUCCAGAUGGGCAAUGCAUGCUGGGAACUCUACUGUAUGGAGCACGGGAUCCAGCCAGACGGACAGAUGCCCAGUGACAAGACCAUCGGAGGAGGAGACGACUCCUUCAACACCUUCUUCAGUGAGACUGGAGCUGGCAAGCACGUCCCCAGGGCUGUGUUUGUGGAUCUGGAGCCCACUGUCAUUGGUACGAUCACUUUUGUCUUGAAACAAUGAUGAUGACACUGUGCUAUCUCAGUCUGGACUUCUUCAGCUAACAGGUCUUUCUUUGUUCUAGAUGAGGUGCGCACAGGAACUUACCGCCAGCUCUUCCACCCUGAGCAGCUGAUCACUGGGAAGGAGGAUGCAGCCAACAACUACGCCCGUGGGCAUUACACCAUAGGCAAAGAGAUCAUUGACAUGGUUCUGGACAGGAUUCGCAAACUGGUGAGAACUUACAUUUAUAUGAUGUCUUAUUGUACAUCCUGUGUAUUUAUUGUUGUUAUCCAACCAUAAUGAUCUGAAACAUCUUCUCACCUCCCUCUCCACAGGCUGACCAAUGCACUGGCCUCCAGGGCUUCCUGGUCUUCCACAGCUUUGGAGGAGGCACUGGUUCUGGUUUCACCUCCCUGUUGAUGGAACGCCUCUCUGUUGACUACGGAAAGAAGUCCAAGCUUGAGUUCUCCAUCUAUCCAGCUCCUCAGGUGUCCACAGCUGUUGUUGAGCCCUACAACGCCAUCCUGACCACCCACACCACCCUGGAGCACUCUGAUUGUGCUUUCAUGGUAGACAAUGAGGCUAUCUAUGACAUCUGCCGUAGGAACCUUGAUAUUGAGCGCCCUUCCUACACCAAUCUUAACAGGUUGAUUGGCCAGAUUGUGUCCUCCAUCACUGCUUCCCUCCGAUUCGAUGGUGCCCUCAAUGUUGAUCUGACAGAGUUCCAGACCAACUUGGUGCCCUACCCCCGUAUCCACUUCCCCCUGGCCACCUAUGCCCCAGUGAUCUCGGCAGAGAGGGCUUACCAUGAGCAGCUCUCAGUGUCUGAGAUCACAAAUGCUUGCUUUGAGCCAGCAAAUCAGAUGGUGAAAUGUGACCCACGUCACGGCAAGUACAUGGCCUGCUGUCUGCUGUACCGUGGCGACGUUGUGCCCAAAGAUGUCAAUGCUGCCAUUGCCACCAUCAAAACAAAACGUUCCAUCCAGUUUGUAGACUGGUGCCCAACUGGUUUCAAGGUUGGCAUCAACUACCAGCCCCCAACUGUGGUACCUGGUGGAGAUCUGGCCAAGGUCCAGAGGGCAGUGUGCAUGCUUAGCAACACCACUGCUAUUGCAGAGGCCUGGGCCCGACUUGACCACAAGUUUGAUCUGAUGUACGCCAAGCGUGCCUUUGUGCACUGGUAUGUAGGUGAGGGUAUGGAGGAGGGAGAGUUCUCUGAGGCCAGGGAGGACAUGGCUGCCCUGGAGAAAGAUUAUGAGGAGGUAGGGGUCGACUCCAUUGAGGGAGAGGGAGAAGAGGAGGGAGAGGAGUAUUAAAUAUUUCUUCAUUCCUAUGCCAAAUUCACACAUUCCUAGGUGACCCAGA